UUGGAAGAUCGCUUGUUCCUAGUCUCAUAAACCCUAAUUGACGCAGAAUCCUCACACAGCAAAGCCGCCAUUUUUACAAGUUGGAACCUUCUAGAAUACGCCAUCAUGGCCGAUACUUCAAGCUCCGGCGAUGAGAAAGUACCUAAGCUUCCAAUUCCCGGUCAGCGAAACAUUCUGAUCACCAGCGCCUUGCCUUACGUCAACAACGUCCCUCAUCUCGGAAACAUCAUCGGCUGUGUUUUGAGUGCUGAUGUAUACGCUCGCUUCUGCCGUCUUCGAGGCUACAACGUUAUCUACAUCUGCGGUACUGAUGAAUAUGGAACUGCAACUGAAAAUAAGGCGAUUGAGGAGAAUUGCACGCCACGGCAGAUAUGUGACAAAUACCAUGUAAUUCAUAAGGAUAUCUAUAACUGGUUUGAUAUCAGCUUUGAUCAAUUUGGACGCACCUCUACUCCAGAGCAGACUGAAGUUUGUCAAGCAAUUUUCAAGAAACUUUUUGAUAAUAACUGGCUUGCAGAAAACAUCAUGCAGCAGUUAUACUGUGAUACAUGCGAAAGAUUUUUGGCUGAUCGGUUUGUGGAAGGAGCUUGCCCAACACCAGGUUGUGGGUAUGAUUCUGCACGUGGUGAUCAAUGUGAGAAAUGUGGAAAGCUUCUCAAUCCUGCAGAGCUUAUAAACCCUAGAUGCAAGGUUUGUAGGUCGACUCCUCGUAUUCGAGAUACAAACCAUUUGUUUCUGGAGCUUCCUCUACUUAAGGAUAGAUUAGAAGAAUACAUAAACGAAAUGUCAGUGGCUGGAGCGUGGAGUCAGAAUGCUAUUCAAGCAACAAAUGCUUGGCUAAAAGAAGGAUUGAAACAACGUUGUAUUACAAGGGACUUAAAGUGGGGUGUUCCUGUUCCACUUGAUAAAUUUAAGGAUAAGGUAUUUUAUGUUUGGUUUGAUGCCCCAAUUGGUUACGUUUCAAUAACUGCUUGCUACACUGCUGAAUGGGAGAAAUGGUGGAAGAAUCCGGAAAAUGUGGAGCUGUAUCAGUUUAUGGGAAAGGAUAAUGUUCCAUUCCACACAGUUAUGUUUCCAUCGACUCUUCUUGGUACUGGUGAAAAUUGGACUUUGAUGAAGACAAUUAGUGUGACCGAGUACUUAAACUAUGAAACGGGAAAAUUCUCAAAGAGUAAAGGGAUAGGUGUAUUUGGAAAUGAUGCAAAGGAUACGAAAAUUCCUGUGGAAGUAUGGAGAUAUUACUUGCUAAUUAAUCGCCCUGAGGUAUCAGACACGCUAUUUACUUGGGCAGAUUUACAAGCAAAGCUUAACAGCGAGUUACUUAAUAACUUAGGCAACUUCAUCAAUCGAGUCUUGAGCUUCAUUGCUAAAGAUCCAGAUUCUAAGGAAAAUAGAGGUGUAGGAUAUAGCUCGAUAGUUCCUGAUGCUCCAGGAGCUGAAUCACAUCAUUUAACAAAAAACUUUGGAGAUAAAGUUGGUGAUUAUGUGGAUCAGUAUGUCGAAUGCAUGGAAAAGGUCAAAUUAAAGCAAGGUUUGAAGAUUGCAAUGAGUAUUUCUGGUGAAGGAAAUGCAUAUCUUCAAGAGAGCCAAUUCUGGAAAUUGUUCAAGGAAGAUAAACCUUCUUGUUCAAUAGUUAUGAGAACUUCGGCUGGAGUUGCUUACCUACUCGCUUGUUUGUUAGAACCAUUUAUGCCAUCGUUUUCACAAGAGGUCCUUAAGCAGCUCAAUUGGCCUAAUGAAGCAAAAAUCUCACUUUCUGAUGAGAAAGGAGAUAUUGGGAAGGCGAAAAAACCGUGGGAGUUCAUUCCAGCUGGUCACAAAAUCGGAACCCCUGAACCAUUGUUUAAGGAACUGAAAGAUGAAGAGGUAGAGUUCUUCAGGGAGAAAUUCGCUGGAAGUCAAGCAGAGCGAAUUUUGAAAGCUGAAGCUAAUGAAGUCAAGAAGUUAAAUGAGCAAUUAAAGAAGACUGAAAUCUCAGACCAAACUGGAAAGAAAAAGCGUCCGACAAAAUCUGGAACAGAAGCCAAGACAAAACCGACUGCUGAAGCUGAAAUAUCGAUGAGUAGACUUGAUAUCCGUGUAGGGCUUAUUACGAAGGCUCAAAAACACCAUGAUGCCGAUUCUUUAUAUGUUGAAGAGAUCGAUGUGGGUGAAGGCCAACCGAGGACAGUUGUUAGUGGGCUUGUUAAAUAUAUUCCUAUUGAAAAGAUGCAGAAUCGUAAGGUCUGUGUUCUCUGCAACCUUAAACCUGCCACCAUGCGUGGAAUCAAAUCGCAAGCAAUGGUUCUUGCUGUUUCUAGUGCAGAUCAAACCAAUGUUGAAUUGGUAGAGCCACCCGAAUCUGCAAUUAUUGGCGAAAGGGUGACAUUCCCCGGUUUUGUUGGAAAUCCAGACGAAGUACUAAACCCUAAGAAAAAGGUGUGGGAAACGCUUCAACCCGAUUUGCAUACCAAUAAAGAUCUCAUUGCUUGCUUCAAGGACAUUCCCUUCACUACCUCGGCUGGGGUUUGCAAGGUUGCAUCAAUAUCCGAAGGUUCGAUAAGGUAAAAACUAAUAAAGAAAAACCAGAAAAGAGAAUAACAUAGACAUUUUUCUUUUCUUACAAAUUUACAUAUUGGAAGUGUGAAAAUCAAAUAAUGAUUGCAAAAUUGUAAAAGUUUAAUAACAUAUUUGUAUCUACCCAUAAAAGGCUCUCCGUCUUAAGUUACGGAGAGAUAACAAAAUUACGACU